AUGGAGAGACUGGAGUUCAACUACUUCGUACAAAAUACCUUCGCCGAUGAAGGUGCGACGGGCAACCCUCAGCUAGAGAAUGACAGCAAAGGCACUUCAUCUAGUACUCCUAAGAGCGUAAAGAAGCCCUCUGAAAAGAAAUCCGCCGCCAAACAGGAGUCGGGUGGCAUUGAGAUUGAAAAUUUCAAGACCUUUGACCCAUUUGCCGAGGAAGGCGUUUCUGGUGAGAGCAAGGACUCUACGGAUAAUUACAUCCACAUUCGUAUUCAGCUCCAGGGCAUCCCUUCCAAGUUUGACCCGAAGAGAAUUCUCAAGAAGAUCAAGAAAGACUUUGCCUGCAAUGGCACUGUCAUCCACGAUGUCACCAUGGGCGAAGUGAUUCAGCUCCAAGGCGAUCAACGCAAAGUGUCCCAAGAAUUCCUCUGCGACAAGCAGAAUGGACUUGGACUUGAUGCCAAGACCAUUAAGGUCCAUGGCUUCUAA